CGCGUUUUCAUACGCCCCAAAUAAAUUAAUUUUAAGCACCCUAUCAAAAGAAGACGACCGACUACCAACACUUUGUUCGGAAAUGUUAAAACGUCGAUAUGAAGCGAUUUUAAAUCGCCUUGGAGUGUUGACUGAUUCUGUUUGUGUGCCGGUGUAGAGAAGCGAACGACGUCAUUCACCGGAAAACGGAAAGAAUGAACGAUUCCGGAGUAAAUAACAAAUCGACGGAAUUAUAUCAGGUGUUGGAGCCUCAAGCGCCGGUCCGACUCACCAGACAUCGUUGGCAUGAGUCACGAAGGUAAGUCCGAUUCCGUUCCGCCAUUUAAUGUAAGUACACUGUCGACUUGAAAUUUUAAGCCUUACCUCUUAAAAGAUUACAGCGUGUAUAACGAGAAGCAGUUCGGCAUCGUUCGUUAACUUUAUAUUUAUACCUUUUUCGCUUCGUAUGUUUUUCGGACGUUUUAUAGCUCCCGAGUUAAUAAGGCGGAGGGUAAGGAUCGUAGUGUUUUCGUUGCAUUAGCUUUUACAAGUUUGUUUCCAGGAUAAUCCGAUAGGGAUGGGCGACGGUGGGGCUAAUGACAAACGACGGAGGAAGUAAUACACUUUGAUAGGGACCUAAGAUGAUUCCGGAUGCGACCUCAGUGACAAACAGAAUUUUUAGUUAUUGACAUUAUCCCUGACAAAGUGACCUAAAGUCUUCUUGUUCAAGAUGUAGUUGGAUCGUCUGCGUGUGCUGCUCUUAUUUAAGAAUCUCUCACGAGAUGGUUUGCCAACCUGAAAGCGAACGCUUCCGUUGUCGAUCAAAUAAAUCAAUGGAAAGCCAUGCGCUUCAACAGCUAUCUUGGGUCUACUGAUUUAUACCCUUCCGUAUCGACAUGAAAGAGGCCCGGCACCGGGGUCGACGGCCAGGUCUUCCCCGUUAAGACAUGCAGCGGCUGAGGACCACAUUCAAGAGGUCCCGUACGCCGACUGGAGCGGAAAUGAAAACCCAGAGCAGCUUAGAGGUGCCCAAACAGGUGCGAUCCGCGUCCUUUGACGAGAUCCAGCUGGAGGCGAAAAGGCAGCAACAGGCCGCGGGUCAGUCUUCUGAUCCUAAUGCUCUCCUCCGGGUGCCGCAGUUUCCCGAGCAACGGUCUCGAAGCGUUGAUUCGGGGGGCAGCGAGGAAUCUGGGAAUUACCUGGAAGUGCCCCUGAGGAGGUUCCAGAGGAGGCGAUCGUCCGGGGGUAAAAGUCCGGUAUGCGUUCAUUGCACCUGCGUGGAAGAGUACAACCGGUUGCACCCUCCGGAGGAAAUGACACCCAUGCAACAGCAGCCUUCCAUCAGCGUGAGUGAUUCCUCCAGCGAGUGCGAAGACGACCCGCCUCCCGAGUGCAGCAUAACGGUGACGCUAUCUCCCACCAUACCGUCACCACCGAUACAAUCACCUCCGCCCAUUCGACUAUCACCAAUGAUCGAAUUUUUCCCGCCGGAACCAGAGUCCGACGUGCCCUUAACACCCACGCAGACCCGAAGAAAGUCAAUACAUCGGCAGGAGGCUUUUUUCGCAGAACCGACGGGUACCUCAUUAGAGAACGUAUCGGAUGCGCCAUCCGAGCCCCUAUCGGACGCUACUUCUGAAGGGGGGCUUUCCGAUGCCGAGAUCGUUAGCACCAUCAUCCCGGGGUUGGUGGUGCGCGAUAUCUACCUGCAGGUGCCCGAUUUGAGACGCGACCGGGCAGCGUCUGUCGAUUCGUGUUUCUCAAAAGUAUCGGAGAAAAAGACUGAGGAACUGCAACAUUCCGGCGUCAGUUUGGAAGUGCCUGUUGGGCCCAACGUCGCUCUCAGAUCGCGAUCGGUCGACAUAGUGCUGCCGACCGAUGAGCAGGCGCGUUACAAAGCGCUGGCGAUGGCCGCGCCGUCGAACGCUUCUGCGCAGUAUAGAAAAUCAGUAGGUGGUGGCAGCGAGCGGGUGCUGCGAAGUACACCGGACUGGAACGAGGGGGCUAUCAACGGCGACCAUCUAUGGGUACCUACCUCCGUUUCCGGUGACUUCUGCUACGUAGGGGAUUCGGAUUGCACGAAACACGGUUCUCGUAUGAAAUGUUCAGCUUGUAACGUUCUGGCUCAUCAGAACUGCAUCAACAUUCUGGUCGACAGGGUGAGAUUUACGUGCAAGCCAACAUUUCGAGAUGUCGGGGUACGGCAAUAUCGCGAACAAACCUCCAUACAACACCACUGGGUCCACCGAAGAUCGGAGAAAGGAAAAUGCAAACACUGUGGCAAGUCAUUCCAAUCGAAAUUAUCGUUUAGUUCGAAAGAGAUAGUGGCGAUUAGUUGCUCGUGGUGCAAAGCGGCGUUCCACAACAAAGAGUCCUGUUUCAACGUUCAACGAAUAGGCGAAGAAUGUAAAUUAGGUGUACAUAGUAGUAUCAUAGUUCCUCCAUCGUGGAUAGUUAAACUACCCAAGAAAGGCAGUUUCAAAUCAAGCCUUCGAAAAACACCCCGAAAACGAGCUUCCAGCAAAAAAAGAACAAAAGAUAAGGACAAAGAACACAGGGCGUUCGUGGUAAAACCGAUCCCCUGCGCCAAUUUAACUCCCGUCAUUGUGUUCAUCAACCCGAAAUCUGGAGGCAAUCAGGGUCUCAAACUGCUUCAGAAAUUCCAGUGGCUUCUGAACCCCCGGCAAGUUUUCGACCUAACUCAGGGUGGGCCUAAAAUGGGCCUAGAGUUGUUCAAGAAAGUGCCUAAUCUACGAGUGUUGGCCUGCGGCGGCGAUGGUACCGUCGGAUGGGUAUUGAGCGUCAUUGACCAAAUUGGAAUGAACCCAGCACCCGCCGUUGGGGUUUUACCACUUGGCACUGGCAACGAUUUGGCCAGAGCUUUAGGAUGGGGUGGGGGUUAUACUGAUGAACCAGUAUCGAAGAUAUUAUCCAACAUCAGCAAUAGCGAUACCGUGCUCUUAGACAGAUGGUCCUUGGAAGUCGAAAAAAACACCAACGCCGACAGUACGGAGGAGGGUAAAGAAAACCUACCCUUAAACGUAGUCAACAAUUAUUACUCGCUGGGUGUAGAUGCCCACAUCGCGCUAGAGUUCCACGAGGCACGCGAGGCUCAUCCGGAGAAAUUCAAUUCGAGAUUGAGGAACAAAAUGUUUUACGGACAGAUGGGUGGCAAGGAUUUGGUAAAACGUAAGUGGAAGGGCCUUGCGGAUCUGGUGGCACUCGAGUGCGAUGGCCAAGAUAUCACUCCCAAGUUGAGAGAGCUCAGAGUGCACGCGAUCGUUUUCCUCAACAUUCCAAGCUACGGUGGCGGCACGCGACCUUGGAACAGAUCCAUGGGAGCAUCGGAACCUAGCACUGAAGACGGCCUCAUCGAAGUUCUCGGCCUUACAACAUAUCAGCUUCCGUUGCUCCAAGCUGGCGGCCAUGGCACUUGCAUUACCCAGUGCCGGUCUGCCAAAAUUAUCACCACCAAGACGAUACCUAUGCAAGUCGAUGGUGAAGCGUGUAAGCUCAAGCCCUCGAUCAUCACCCUUACGCACCUCAACAAGGCCAACAUGCUGGCCAAACGGAAAUUCGGCAAAUUCAUACCGCCCCAGGCAGCCCUAGAUAACCUCAAAAUCACUGUCAACAAAAUCAACAUGUCAGACUAUGAGCAGCAUCACUACGAUAAAGAUCUUUUGACCCAAGCAGCUAUAGCAAUCGGUACUAUAGAGGUAAACCCCAUCGCCGACUUGGAACAAGUCAGGGCGAUAAUCAAUCGAUUGAUUCAAGACAACCAAGAGUACAACAUACUUCCAGAAUGGUGUUUUGUGGAUUCCUGUACCGCCGAGAGGUUCUUUCGCGUGGAUAGGGCCCAAGAGAAUCUGCACUACAUCACGGACAUCGCCUGUGAACAUCUUUACAUUCUGGAAUGUGGAGUAGGAAGCGUUCCUCAAACUCCGGAAGACGAAACGGCGGUGCCUUCCCCAAGUUCCGGGCAGCAGGCACCUUACGUCAUACCGGAAAUGCGCAUCAGCGACGAGGGGAGUUUGGACUCCCCGAGCGAUCACCCGCCCAUGUCCCCAAAAGUGCUCCAGUCACCGGAGGAUUACCCGACUGCCGAGGAGACCAUCCCCGUCGAGAACCGCAACGGGGACCAGAACGCCGACUUGGCUGGGGUUAAAAUCAGAAGCAUUACCGAAAGGUUAUUCGCACUGAAUCAGGAAACUUAUCGUGCCUUUAGCAAUCCUGAGGAACGCCCUAACGAAACUUUGCUAAAAGCAUCAAAGACUGGAGACCUUGGGACGGUCAGAAAUCUCCAUUGUCGUGGGUACUCGUUAAAAACUAACGACUCUACGGGACAAACGAUGCUGCACUAUGCCGCCCGAUUCGGACACCAAGACCUCGUCCGUUACUUGAUCAAUUACGCGCCUUCUAUAAUAGAUCAAAAAGAUGUGAAUUUGGGUCAGACAGCUCUUCACAAAGCGGCAGCUUAUAAGCAGCGCAACAUUUGCUGCAUGCUGGUGGCCAGUGGCGCUUCUCUGGACAUCAAAGAUCAUCGCGGUAAUACCGCAAAACUGUUAGCACUUCAGGCCGACGAUCAGGAUCUCGCCGCUUACCUGGAAAGUCAGGAACACUUCAAAAUGGUCUCGGCCGAUUUGGGAACUAUCGUCUAAUAUUUAGCAAUAAUCUCUUAUGGCCCCUAAGGCGUUAGAAUAAUUUGUCUCUCUUUUAACAUGCCUUACUAUACUCUAGGUAUUUUUUCUAGUUUUAAGGAAAUCCUUAGUAAUAACGUUACACGAUGUGAUAAUAAUUUAAUACUGAUUAAGAAAAUUUUAACGUUACUGUAAAUUUCAAUUCCUAAAAAAGAUAUAGUUAUAUUAUCCCUCUGCGCGCCGCCCCUCAUAUAAAUGUAUCGCGGAAUACUUGGUAAACAAUAAGUGCGUACUCUAACCUCAAAUAACUGCAUAAUCGAAUUGCCAAAUUUUAUAUGAUUAGACAGUGUUUUUUUUUUAAUUCUAUAGAUAUAUAUUGUACAAAAGAUUUCUAUAUGCUCAUAUAUUACAUAUUACGAAAAUACCAAACGUCUAAAGGUGCACUUUAUUCUGAAGCAUGUAAAUCAUAUGUAAACCCUGCGAGUCGAUGUUUCAGUCACGAAGAGAAACUAAAGACACGUACGUUUCACUUCACGACUCGAUUUUCGGCCGCGCCCUGUACAUUUGUAUCAUAAUCUAUACAAAAGUAUUUUUUCACUAGAUACCCUUCUUCCUCUAUAAGAUACAAUCAUAGAUUUUUGGGUAAUUCCUAAAAUUAUAACACGAUGAUACAUAUCACUCAAGACAUUCCUCCGCGCGUACGAUGUAGAAUUUUAGUGUGGUUAUUUUUAGUUAUGCGACGAAAUUUCGUAAUAAAAAAACAGGGCAAUAACUUUCGUCUAGGACGAUCGUAGAUUUAAACCGAAAUAACGUUUUUCGAAGCCGCCAUGUCUGCGAAGCUUAAAAGUUGGCGAUCGUUGGUGCGAAUAAUUUUUCGGUUUUCUUACAUCGAGGUUGGUAAAAUUUCGAGAUGCCCCCGGAAAUUUAAAGUUCGCCAAUUUAAAUUGAAUUUUUGGUUCUUGGUAGAUCGCGCUGUAAUCGCAAAAACUUUCUUCUUGUGAAAUAUACGAUGAUACACUUUGAAUGUUUGCAUUAACUAAGUCUACUGGUCAAUAAUGCUAAUUAAACCUCUAAACCCUUAAAGUGAAUGAGUUUUUAUUGAGAUUUCACCAUUAAAAGUUUUUUAUUUCCUUUUAAGCUCUUAAAACUUUUUUAUUAAAGUUUAUUUAAUGUUCCUUAUUAAGUUAAUACGCACGUUUUGGAGGUAAUACGCCAUUUGCGGUAUAUCUUGAUGACCUUUGAACUUUAAGUGAAUAAACUUCACUCCACCCCUGUAUUAAAACGUAAGCAACCUUAACACAAAAUAUGUUCCAUUUUCAAAAAGAAUAGUUAUGAAGAAGCACAAACGACAACCUCUCACAUUUGAUAACGAAACGACGUCGCACGUGGUCAAGGCAAACUAGUACUUGACCAAAUGAUUUCAAAAUAUCAAGAAGCUGAUGUAUUCUUGUCAAAAUAUAAAGAUGUGUAAUAUUUCUAAAUUUUUGAUUUAAUAACAAAACACGAUUUUUAUCUUAAUGAAAUUUGACUUUGCCUUAACUAUAAAAAAAUAAAAAUCAGAUAAAAUGCGGACUUGUCUGAAGCUGAAAUUUUGACAGUGUAAUAAACAAAAUGUCUACUACUACUACACUGUAGGUGGCGCUGCGGCGACAACUUUUUCUACAAUUUUUAAAGAAGGUAAUAGUCAGUACCAAUUACCCGUUCUUUUUCAUUUAGAAUCCAUCUUGAGGCAGUAGUUAAAAAUUAAAAUAUUUAAUAUUUCUUUAUAGAAGAAUUGGACUAGAUUGUGUGGGUCCAAUCUAUUAGAACAGAGAACAGUGACCUCAUUCGGUUCCUAGACUUUAGACUCCGCUAAUUCUGGAACAUCUGCUUUCACAUACAUAAACUAUAGCUCUACAUUACUUCAAACAGUAAGAACACAAUGGAGAUUUGUCAUGUGACAAUAUAUUUAAAACAGCAGCAUCUAAAUGUGAGGGAUCGGUGUUAAGAAAUUACUGGUGGCGCUAAAAUAUUUAUAUAGAAGUUCGGCAUUCGGCCGCUGAGCAUAAUUACCUCUCCUUACCCUAAAUUCUCGAUAGAAAAAUGUUCCUACGUUAGUUUGCCUCAAAUAUUUGCAAACUCUCAAAAUAUUUUCAUCAUUAUUUUUCUCCCUUCAUGUUCAAUUCUUACCGAGGCGAACUUUAAUCUUGAACAAGGCGUCAGCUACUAACAUUUUUUCAACCCCGUUUAUACAACUCGACUUAGUUGACAUAUAUAGGUAUCGUUUCUAAACGAACUGUUUUCGCAAUCCGUUAAGAAGCGUCCCGAAUACUUUGAUCUUUCGGAUCAAAAGUCGUCAACCAUAGUUACCGCAGACUUGUUUCGCUGUAAAAAAACUUGACCCCACCAAUUUUUUUUGUGGCCGGAACCCAUUAGAUUUGGAAAACGUUAUCGCCGGACAUCCAUUACCGAAUUGUACGUAGAUUAUAUGUCGCUGUACAGGUACGUGAAUCGAAUUUAUUCAAUUUUGUGUCAAGACAAUCUUCGAAUCACUUAAAAACAAUGACGCUUUAACGGAACGUAUUAUUUUUUUUUAGGUUAAUUUCGGACUUGCGUGACUAACGAACCAACCGAGUCGUUCACUCUCAUACGUAUUUUUUUCCCGUAUUGUAUUACCUUUCUCUAUGCGAACAUACACAUUUAAAGUAAGAUAUGUAGAUAUAGGAAGUUCCGUUCCGGAACAAAAUUAUUUGUUUUCUCCGUAAAAGCGAUAUAAAAUCUUCCGAUGUUAUGUGCAACGGAUAACGAGCGCUGUGAAAACUUGUCAGCUCUCUUAAACUGGCAGCAAAAACUGUUCAGUUUUAAUUCAAACUUUUUACAUUAGCAAUUAUUUUGUAUUGAAACCAUCGAAAUAACAAAGACAACAAAAAUGUAAAUGAAAAGUGCUGAAUUUAUAUGUUAUAUCCAUGUAUUAUUAUUCAAAGUUAUUCCGUGAUGUAGCUUAGGCUGUAUCUGUAAUUGUUUAGUUUCAAUUUUAAAUAUUGAAUGGCCAUAGUCCCGUAGCAACGCAAUGCAUCAAAAAAUGGCAAAGACGUCCCGAUGAGUUCACCCAACAAUGUAAACAACUUUGCAAGACGACUAAAAAUUUCUCGCCAAAGAAUGGACAUUUUUCGCAAAAAUACCCAAAUGACUAACGCAUAGACGCUUUGCACAUCGACAAGGAUAUGUCGAAGUGGUAACUAAUCAAAAUUAGGCAACUUCUUGAUUCACUAUAGAUGCAACGCAUUCGUUGGAGUUUUCUGGCUGUUGAAAAAUGACGACUUUUAUUUGGCACUCAAAUGACUGGUGUGGAAAGAGACUUAACCAUCGAGAAUAUAAUGAAGAUUUGAUAGCAUUGCAAGUUUAUGAAAAUUAUUGAUUAUCAAUUUGAAAAAAAUAAUUUGCGCCUUUUUUAAAAUACAAUGCGUCUCUGUUAUAAUAAAUAAGUCGAUCGUUGACGUUUCACGCAUACAGGAACUUUUUUGUCAUGACAGUACG